GGCCCGAGCGUCACGGCGGGUCCCGCGGAGCUGUGCGGCCGGCAGGGGGCGCUGAAGGCGGGCCCAGCGGCGCCAUGGCGGAGCGGGAGGGUAAGAACCCCGAGGGAGCUGCGCCAGUGCCGACGGGACAGCAGGCCCCGGAGCUCUCCCGGGAGGAGAAGCUGCAGCUGCGGAAGGAGAAGAAGCAGCAGAAGAAGAAGAAGAGGAACGAGAAAGGGCCGUCGGCCGAGCCCGCGGAGCUGGGUGCGCCCCCCGAGCCGGGGCAGCCGCGGGCAGCUGUUCAGCCCACGUCCCCCCCUGCCUCGGCUGAUGGCCCCGGUGACGGCGAGAAACCCACGGGGGGCAAGAGCAAAGCAGAGCUUCGAGCCGAGCGCCGGGCCAAGCAGGAGGCUGAGCGGGCCCAGAAGCAGGCCAGGAAGGCAGAGCUGAGCCAGGCAGCCACGACGGCCAAGCCCCGGCAGAGCCCCACCGAGCCCCAGUCCAUGGUGAAGCGGCUGCCAGAGCAUGUGCAGGUGGAUGACCCUGCUGCCCAGAGGAAAUUGGCCAAGAAGCUGGAGCGGCAGCAGGUACCUCUGAGGCAGGACUAUGGCACCAAGGUCAACCUGUUCUCCCACCUCCACCAGUACAGCCGGAAGAAGCCACUGACACAGCAGAUGAGCAUCCCCUCCACAGUGAUCCACCCAGCAGUGGUACGCCUCGGCCUCCAGUACUCCCAGGGCAUCAUCAAUGGCUCCAACGCCCGCUGCAUCGCACUGCUGGAAGUCUUCAAACAGUCAUCAUCAGCCUCUUCCUUUGGAUCAUGCCGGGGUGGGGUCCUUUUCUGGCACUGCCACUGCUGUUUUGAGUCCUUGGAGCACCCUUGGCCCCUCCAGCUGAUCCGGGAUUACUCCACUCCCCCCAAUGAGGAGCUGUCACGAGACUUGGUGGCCAAGCUGAAGCCGCAUAUCAGUUUCCUCAACCAGUGCCGGCCACUCUCAGCCAGCAUGGGCAACGCCAUCAAGUUCCUCAAGAAGGAGAUAUCAUGCCUGCCUGACACCCUGAGAGAGGAGGAGGCAAAGGAGAAGCUCCAGGACAUGAUCGACAAAUACCUGCGAGAGAAGAUUGUCCUGGCAGCUGAGGCCAUCUCAAGGUCUGCCUUUGAGAAGAUCAAUGACCAUGACGUGAUACUGGUAUAUGGAUGCUCCUCCCUGGUGAACCGCACACUGUGCGAUGCCCACGCCAAGAAGGGCCGCGCGUUCCGUGUGAUCGUGGUGGACAGCCGGCCACGCCUGGAGGGGCGGGAGACGCUGCGCCGCCUGGUACGGAAGGGCAUCCACUGCACCUACGUGAUGAUCAACGCCAUCUCCUAUGUGUUGCCUGAGGUGUCCAAAGUGCUGCUGGGAGCCCAUGCACUCCUGGCCAAUGGCUCUGUCAUGUCCCGGGUGGGGACAUCGCAGAUCGCACUGGUCUCCAAGGCCUACAACGUGCCCGUCCUGGUCUGCUGCGAGACCUACAAGUUCUGCGAGCGGGUGCAGACAGAUUCUUUUGUCUCCAAUGAGCUGGAUGACCCUGAUGACCUGAUUGUGCUCCGGAAGGGCCAGGCCCAGCUUGGGGGCUGGGCAGAGAACAAGUCCCUACGCCUUCUCAACCUGGUCUAUGAUGUGACGCCCCCAGACCUGGUGGAUUUGGUCAUCACAGACUUGGGCAUGAUCCCAUGCACCUCAGUGCCUGUGGUCCUGCGUGUUAAGAAUGUGGAUCAAUAGUCAGGGCAGCUGCAUGGACACUAAUAAACCAGGCCCCCAGUA